AUGCACUUCCAAUCGCGCGUAUCCACAACCACCGUUCACGAACUUCUCUUCGCCGACGACUGCGCCCUGAACACCACCUCGGAAGAGGAGAUGCAACGGAGCAUGGACCUGUUCUCCGCCGCCUGCGAGAACUUCGGUCUGGUCAUUAACACGCAGAAGACGGUGGUGAUUCACCAACCGCCACCCCACUCAGUCACAGCCCCCAACGCGCCGCCGCAAAUCAGCGUGAACGGAAUCCAACUGCAAGUGGUUGAGAACUUCCCGUACCUGGGCAGUACUCUCUCCCGCAACACCAAGAUCGACAACGAAGUCGCCAACAGGAUCUCGAAAGCCAGUCAAGCCUUUGGUCGCCUCUAA